AUGGCUGCCAGAGAGCCAUCCAGGUACCUCACAAGGGCAUUGCCCCGGGCCUCAGUCCCUUCAAUCCGUCCCCAGGGCUUUUUGUCGCGCCGCAAUGUCUCCGAUGAAGCCCCGGCGAGACGUCUGUCGGACCACCUGACCGAUCUGGAAUCGGCAUCCUCUCUGUCAACACCCGUGACAGCCAGUGCCGCAGGCUCAUUUGACCCUCUUGCACGAGCAGCCGCUCGCAAGAACAAGCUCCCCCGAGGCCGGCCCCUUCUCCGCCCCCGUGCCGAGCAAAGCUAUGAAACCACCAUCGCCCCCGACAUCAUGACCCUGUGCUACGUCCACACUCCCCCAGGCUUCACACCUCCUCCCAAAGCGCCCCGUCUUCGCGAGUGGGACGACAGCUCACCCUACCACAAGAACCGUGUUCUCCGCGGUCCUCGUGGCGGUGAUGUCCUGCGUCUGCUCCGCAAGCCCAUUAAGUUCAACAACAUCCCCGAACUCGAGCGCAUCACUGUUCACAGUUAUGCGAUUUCCAAUGUCCGCGUCGAGACUUCCAAGUCUAAGUCCAGCGUUGCUACUUGGGGUAUUCACGCCGGCCGUGACACUGUUGCUGUCAAGGCUGAUUUGGCUGGUGAGAACAUGUACCACUUCCUCGGUAAGCUGGUCGAUGUCGUCUUGCCCCGUAUCAAGGAUUGGGAGGGUGUCAAGGGUUCCUCUGGUGAUAGCAGUGGUAACAUCACUUUCGGUCUGGUGCCCGAGAGCGUCGCUCUGUUCCCAGAGAUCGAAAUCAACUAUGACAUGUACCCCCCUAAGAUGAUUCCCGGAUGCCACAUCACUCUCCACACCAGCGCCAAGACUGACAAGGAUGCUCGUCUGCUCUUGAGCGCUUUGGGCUUGCCUUUCUACGGCAAGAUUGUCAACUAA